AUGUCACACCUCACCGUCACCGUCACCGUUUCUCUUCUCUCCCUCCUCCUCUCGCUAGUCUUUGUUUCUGGUGACGUCAUCAGACUACCUUCUCAAGCUUCUAAAUUCUUUCGUCCGACUGAGAACGACGGAGAUGAUGAUGCUUCCGCCGGUACUAAGUGGGCUGUUCUCGUCGCCGGAUCGAGCGGAUACUGGAACUACAGGCAUCAGGCGGAUGUUUGUCAUGCUUAUCAGCUUCUGAAGAAAGGUGGAUUGAAAGAGGAGAAUAUUGUGGUGUUCAUGUAUGAUGACAUUGCAAAGAACAAAGAGAAUCCAAGGCCUGGAAUCAUUAUCAACAGUCCUAAAGGAGAAAAUGUCUACAAUGGAGUCCCCAAGGAUUACACUGGAGAUGAUGUUAACGUUAGUAAUUUGUUUGCUGUGAUUCUUGGAAAUAAAACGGCUCUUAAAGGAGGAAGUGGGAAGGUUGUAGAUAGCGGUCCAAACGAUCAUAUCUUCAUAUACUAUAGCGAUCACGGUGGCCCUGGCGUGCUCGGGAUGCCAACUUCUCCAUACCUAUAUGCAAACGAUCUCAAUGAUGUCUUGAAGAAAAAACAUGCAUCUGGAACGUAUAAGAGUUUGGUGUUUUAUUUAGAGGCUUGUGAAUCUGGAAGUAUUUUUGAAGGUCUUUUACCUGAAGGUUUAAACAUUUACGCGACGACUGCAGCGAACGCAGAAGAAAGCAGCUGGGGUACUUACUGUCCUGGUGAAGAUCUGAGUCCACCAUCCGAGUAUGAGACUUGUUUGGGUGACUUAUACAGUGUUUCUUGGAUGGAAGAUAGUGAUAAACACAAUUUACAAACAGAGAGUUUGCACCAACAAUACGAACUGGUGAAAAAGCGGACCGCGGGCUCUGGUUUGGGUUCUGGUUCUCAUGUUAUGGAGUUUGGGGAUGUCGGACUCAGCAAGGAGAAGCUUGUCCUUUACAUGGGAACAAACCCGGCAAAUGAAAACUACACCUUUGUGUAUGAGAACUCACUGAAGAUACCUUCAAGAUUUACAAACCAGCGUGACGCGGAUCUUGUUCAUUUCUGGGAUAAGUAUCGAAAGGCACCGGAAGGUUCUGCAAGAAAACUCGAAGCUCAGAAGCAAGUUCUUGAAGCAAUGUCACAUAGACUUCAUGUAGACAAUAGCGUUAUGUUAAUUGGGAAAAUCUUGUUUGGAAUGUCAGAAGGUCCUGCAGUACUAAACAGAGUCCGGUCUUCCGGAAAACCGCUUGUCGACGAUUGGGACUGCCUUAAAACUCUGGUGAGAGCUUUUGAGAGGCACUGUGGAUCAUUGUCUCAGUACGGAAUCAAGCACAUGAGGUCCAUUGCAAACAUUUGCAACGCAGGGAUUCAGGUCGAGCAGAUGGAGGAGGCAGCUAUGCAAGCUUGUCCCACCAUCCCGACCGGUCCUUGGAGCUCCCUUCACCGCGGAUUCAGUGCUUGA